AUCUCGGGCUCCACUGGGUGGCGAUCUCCUCCUUCGGAAACUUCACGGUGACCGAAGCCCAGCGAGCAGCCGUGCAGAGCGGCGCUGGCAUCUGUGACACGGGCGAUGUGGCCAUGCUGAUCUACACGUCCGGAUCCACCGGUGAGCCCAAGGGCAUCGUCUACGACCAUCAGCAUCUCUUGCACGGUGCGUGGUUCUGGGCAGAGGAGCACGGGAUGUCGGAGAGCUCCGUCCAGCUCUUCAAGUCUCCCUACUUCUGGGCAGUCAUGGAGUGGGAGGUCUUCCCAGCCUUGAUCAGGGGUGGCAAGCUCGUUGUCGCUAGCGUCGAUGGCCACAAGAGCCCGCAGUACAUGGCCCAAACCAUCGAGAAGUUCCACGUGGACGUGCUCAUGAUCGCGCCUUCUGUUUUGGACUUGCUCCUGGACGUUGCGCAGGGCUCCUUGAGGGGCCUCCGUGUCAUCACGACGGUGGGUGAGCCUUUGACGUCGCAGCUGGCCAAUCGUGUCGCGGGCCACCGUGGACUGUCAGUGACCCUGCGGAACUUCUACGGCGCAUCCGAGAGCUCAUGCACUGUCUAUACGGUGCCCGAGCACGGUGUCGACACGGAUCUGUACCCGCGGUUCGUUCCAGCCGGCAUUCCGCAGCCUCACGUCAGCGUGUUCAUCGUGGCCGAGGGCAGCUUCGAGCUGAUGCCUCCCGGGGAAGCUGGCGAGAUCUGCUUCGGAGGCGUGCUGGCUGCGCGCUACUGGCAACGUCCGGAACUCACGGCCGCGAAGUUCGUGCCCACGGAGGACUUCGGCCGAAUCUACCGCACGGGCGAUUUGGGCCGCUUCAGGGAGGGAGCUUUGGAAGUGGUCGGGCGCCUGGAUCGGCAGCUGAAAGUCAACGGCGUGCGCGUGGAGCCCGGCGAGAUCGAGGCCGUGCUGAUGAAGUUUGAGCCACAGCAGACGCAGCAGGAGGAGUGUUUGCCGCUGCUUCCCAACGGCAAGGUGAACUACAAGUCCUUGAAGGCGAUGGCCGACAAGGAAGCUUCCCAGGCACAGGAGACUGUCAUGGACUCCCUCGGGCAGAUGAAGUCCAUGUCUCGAGCGGCCAUCCUCGAGAAUGCAGUGAUCCACCGCUGCUAUGCCUUCUGGAUGCUGGGCGUCCUCACGGAUCACUACGCCUGGUGUGCCAUGAGCACGGACCCCAAGGCAAGAAGCAGCACGACACGGCAUCUGAUGACACUAA